AUGUACAACGCUAAACGCGCAUUUUCAUUAGGAGCUCUAUUUGCACUCGCAGCAACGACGGCAGCAGCCAAUGGUGGUAGUUGCAGUGCAGCUACAGGUCUGACCUGUCCAACUGAUAUACCGUGUUGCUCAGAAUUUGGUCAUUGCGGUGACACUAAUGCACACUGUCGCUUUGGGUGUGAUCCACGCGUAUCUGCUCAAGACGCUUGCGAGAACGUACCCAUGUGUAAGAAUCUCAAUAUCAACGCAUUUGAUAGACUUGCUUGGAAGGGUAUUAUGCAGAAUCCAGAUGAAUACCAUGGAGAAGCAGAUGAAUACGAUUUCACUCUCGACAAAGGAGAUAUAGCUAGAGAAGAUAACAUGUUGACAAUGAUAAUGACAGAGGAUAAUAAGGGUACGAAAUUGAGCUCAACAAGAUACAUGCUUUACGGAGAGUUUAACGCUAGAAUGAAAGUUACAGGAAACCAGGGCGUUAUUUCUACUAUGAUCUUAAUGUCUGACAUUCAUGAUGAGAUCGAUUGGGAGUUUGUUGGUGCAAAAACUGGAGAAGGCCAGUCCAAUUACUAUUUCCAAGGUGAAACAGAUUACACCAAGGGCGAUACUCACGACUUCCCUCAUCCUGAUGAGCGGUUCCAUGACUUUGGUUUAAAUUGGACGGAAGAAAAACUCGAGUGGAAGAUUGAUGGUGUUGUAGUGCGAACACUCAAUAAAGCUGACACUAUGGGAUGGGAUAAGGUGCCACACUACCCAGCUUCACCUUCGAGAUUACAAUUUUCAGUCUGGCCAUCUGGGAUUGAGGAUGUGUCACCGGGAAGCUAUGAGUGGGGCGGUGGAGCUAUUCACUGGGAUGAAGGUCCAUUCAAGGCUACGAUUCAAUCGGUAUCAAUCAAGUGCGCUGACUCUCCAACCAAUGUAGGACCAGACGAUGUGAGCUGGAAGUACACAAUGAGUGAAGGCAAUGCAACAUCACUCGGACAAGCAUCAUUCCAUCCAACUUCUGAGCCAUACAAGGCAAGCAGCGGCGGGUUAUCUCUCCACGUUUCAUCACCUUUCACACUUAUGGCCACACUCACAUUCGCUUUGGUUUAUUGUACUUUUUAG